UGUGACAUGAUAAUCCAUAAAUGUGGCAUUUCAUCACUGAGUGAUUGAAGUGGUAUCAAAUUAUGAGAAAUGGAAAGCAUAAGCAACCAAGAUGAAUUUGACCUCUCCAAUUUUUUUACCGACUCACUCUGCCUUGAUAGUAAUAUUUCACCAAUGGCUAAGUUCCAAUACCAGCCAAUUAAAAAUGACAAUAUUGAAAAGAUGUUAAAGAAAGAUUUGAGAGAUGCCUUGGGAUAUAACAAUAUCGGCAAGCCUAGGCAAAUUUCAGAGAGUGCAAAAGGCACAACAGUACAGGAGUUUUAUAGAGGGCUAAAUAUUAUGAUUACUGGAGGUUCUGGAUUUCUGGGAAAAAUAUUGAUAGAGAAGAUGAUAAGAUCCAUCCCCCAUGUGGGAAAAGUUUAUGUAUUGGUGAGGGCCAAGAAAGGAUCUUCUGCCAAGGACAGAUUUGAAAAACUGCUUGAAGAUGAGGUGUUUCUACGGAUGAAGACCGAAGUGCCAGAUUACCACAAAAAGCUGACAUUUGUAGAAGGAGAUAUUUCUGAGCCUGAGCUCGGGCUGAGUGAGGCAGACCGAUGCAUGCUGCAGGAUCAGAUUCAUGUCGUGUUUCACAGUGCAGCUGACGUAAGGUUCGUCAACUCUCUCAGAGCAGCGGUCAACACCAAUCUAGUCGGCGCAAAGCGAAUGGUUCAUCUGGCCAAAGGGAUGAAGAAUCUCAAAUCAUAUGUUCACGUUUCGACAGCUUACAGCAACUGUGUAAGGAGAGUGAUUGAAGAAAAAACAUAUAAACUAAGUGUUGGUUACAAGGAUAUAAUGACGCUUUUGGAGGAAUUAUCUGAUGAAGAAAUUAGCACUGAUGAAAACAGGAUACUCCAGGGUUGGCCAAACACUUACACAUUCAGUAAGGCUCUUUGUGAAGAUAUGCUUUAUGAGGAAUCUUCUGGUCUUCCCUUGUGUAUAUUCCGGCCUUCUGUAGUUGGACCGACGUUUGAGGAACCCCUUAGAGCGUGGACUGACAACAUCUACGGCCCGACAGGAAUGUUGAUGGCUAUCGGAAUGGGAGUCCUUCACAUCAAGAGGUUUGACCUCAGCCUCCCAUUGGACGCAGUGCCUGUAGACCUCACAGUCAACGCAAUGAUUGCUGUUGCCUGGGAAAAUGCUACUGACAGAAUCAGUUCCCUCCCAGUUUACAACUUUACUACAUCACCAAGAAAUCCUGUGAUAUGGAAGAGGAUGAGCAGUACCAUAUACCAAUGGUUCCAUGCUUAUCCGUUUGAACAAUGUAUAUGGUAUCCAUUUGUUAUGUCUCCCCCUACAAAAUCGUUGGAAAGAAUAGGAGAGUUCUUUCUUCACAAGAUACCUGGCCACAUAUUUGACAGGAUUGCCGUGGCAACAGGCAAGGAACCCAGACUGACUAAAGUUUACAACAAACUAUCAAUGCUAAGAGGGAAAUUGGAUUACUUCCUUUUCGGCACAUGGGAGUUUGUAAAUGAAAAUACUGAAUUGCUGAGGAAUAAACUCUCUGAGGAGGACAAGAAGUUAUUCCCAUAUGACAUAUCAGUGGUUGAUAUCGGUGAAUACAUUCUACUUUCAAGAUUAGGUGUAAAGUACUUCUACUUGAAGGAGAAACUGGAAAACAUGCCUAAAGCAGAGAGGAAACAAUCCUGGCUCAAGAUCCUUCACUACUCCGUGGUUGCUGGCUCAUACUUUGCAGCUCUCAAACUGAUGGUUUCCUUGGCUCAUGUUCUACCGAUCUAGCAUAGGUAUACUCAUUGAUAUUGAAAUACAAGCUCUACCACACUUUA